AUGUCUUUUCCAUUUCGUUCUGUUCGUAUUGCGCAUUUCGUUAUCUUCCCUUUGGUUCCCCGUUCAUUCAUUCGUUCGUGUCGUAUUCCCGGAUCCCGUUAUGUCCCCAUCUCUCCAGUGUCUGACCAUCGUCUCCCCGUUUCGUUUCCCAUUGGUUUCGCAUUCGUUCUCUCCCGCCUCUCCUCUCCUCCGUUCUGCACUUCCCCGCGAUCCGAUCCGAGCCCUGACCCAUUCGCACUACGCACUACGCACUACCUAGGCCGGGAACGCGUCUCUCCGCCUCGUUUUUUGGUGUUUGUGCGUGGCUCGGGGUAUUCGACGCAGUUUGGGGUAUUCUAG